AUGCCUUUAACACUCCGAAAUCUGACUUCGAUGGUCAUAAAAAUCACCAAGACCUCUCGGUUCCCCGCCCCCGCGUCGGCCAAAGGCGUGCCCAUAACGGCCGGAAACUUCACAAACAUCCCGAACCUUGCCAACAACUUCACCUCUCUCAUCCGUCGCUCCACGAUAUCCACCGUGCUCCCGCUCAAGGAGCCGACAGCCAAAGAACUCGCUGAGAACGCCACUGCGUUCGAGGCCCAUGAUGCAUCGAUCGAGAUCCAACCCUACUCCGCGUCAGAUACGGGCGUCGAUCUCGGGGCGGAGGGCGUGAUCCUGCGGCUAGAGUUCGAAGCCUCCGGGCGGCGCUUCCGAGUGGACCUGGUUGACCGGCGCGAGCUCACGCCACUCCCGCUCGGCGACGUAGGCGAAAUCCGUCUCGUAGCAGUCUUCCACCGUUUACGCAGCCACCUCGCGCUGGUAUCCAGCGCGGCGCUCAACAAUUGGAUGUCGAAGCUGCGGGACGGCGUCGCGCUCGGCGCCCUGAGCAUGCCGGGCACACACAACGCGCCGACGUGCUACACUGCGCUCCCCAGCGUCCGCUGCCAGGCCGUCGACAUCACCGCGCAGCUCGAGAACGGCGUGCGGUUCCUCGACAUCCGGGCGCAGCCCGACGGGCCGGGCGGGCGCGAGCUGACGCUCGUACACGCGCAAUUCCCGAUCGCACUCAACGGCCCCAAGCGCCUCGCGGCGGUAAUGCAGGAGUGCUACGACUUCCUGGCGCGCAAUCCGAGCGAGUGCGUGGUCGUGUCGCUGAAGCGCGAGGGCCGCGCGGGGACCAACGACGAGGAGUUCAGUCGGCUGAUCAAGGCCGAGGUUGUCGAGCGGCAGCGCGAGCGCUGGUUCGUCGAGCCGGUGAUCCCCACGCUUGGCGCCGCGCGUGGAAAGUGCAUCCUCUUCAGAAGGUACCAUAUCGACGAGGCGCUGAAGGCCGAGCACGGCGGCCGCGGAUACGGCAUCAACGCAGAAACGUGGACGUAUAACACCCCGAACGAUACCAUCUUUGCCGGCAACAUCUGCGUGCAGGACUUCAGCGAGGUGCUGGAGACCACAAACAUCUCGACCAAGAUCGGAUACGUCAAGGAGCACCUCGAGCGCAGCGUGGCCGGCAUCGCCGCCGCCGGAAGGGAGGGCAGACAGCCGCCGCUGUUCGUCAACUUCCUCAGUGCGGCGAAUUUCUGGCGCAUGGGCACGUGGCCGGAUCGUAUCGCCGCAAAGAUCAAUCCGGCAAUCACGGAGCAUCUGGCGAUAGAUCAUAGAGUUGAGGGCGGCAACGCCGGGACCGGCAUAGUGAUUACGGAUUUUAUGGGCGAGGAUGGGAACUGGACAAUGUUUAGACUGGUGGUGGGGAUGAAUGGCGGGUUGCUUGUGCAGUGA